UUUCCCGGAUGGCAGCCGGCAGCGCCAUGCAGCCUCCCGUUCCUCCUCCUCCUCUGCCUCCUCUCCGGCUGUAAGUUAAUGCCAUGCUGCCGCUGCUCUUCCCGGCACUGCUGGCCGCCUGCCUGCCGCCCUGCCAGGGCUGGAGCCCCUCGCCGGCUGCCAGCGGGCAGGAGGAGCAGGAGCAGGAGCUCUUCUUGCCCCCUGCCAACUCCUCCUCCCGCUCCUUGGCCAGCCUCGAGAUGGACCUCGACGGGGCAGCGAGCAAGGAGGAAGGCAGCACCGACAGCCCGGGCACGCCGGCUGCCCCUAGCCAAGAGCCUUUCCCUUCCGCUCCCACCACGUCCGGGCAGGAGCAGGAGCAGCCGGGGCAGGAGCAGCCGGAGCAGGAGCAUCAGCAGCGUCCCCAGCCGCAGGGGCAGCCGCAGCCCGCCGAAGACCCGCACUGCAACAUCAGCGUGCAGCGGCAGAUGCUGAGCUCGCUGCUGGUGCGCUGGAGCCGCCCGCUGGGCAUCCAGUGCGACCUCCUGCUCUUCUCCACCAACAGCCACGGGCGAGCCUUCUUCUCCGCCGCCUUCCACCGCGUGGGGCCGCCGCUGCUCAUCGAGCACCUGGGGCUGGCGGCCGGCGGCGCCCAGCAGGACUUGCGCCUCUGCGUGGGCUGCAGCUGGGUGCGGAGCAGGCGGGUCGGGCGGCUGCGGGGCACCGCGCCCCAGCCCCAACCACAGCCCCAACCACAGCCACAGCCCCCCGCUGCCGCCGCCGCCUCCUCCUCCUCCUCCUCGCUUUCCUACCCGCCGGCGGCCGAGCCCGGCCAGUACUGGCUGCAAGGGGAGCCGCUGAAUUUCUGCUGCCUGGAUUUCAGCCUGGAGGAGCUGAAGGGCGAGCCGGGCUGGCGGAUGAACCGCAAGCCCAUCGAGUCCACCUUGGUGGCGUGUUUCAUGACUCUGGUCAUCAUCGUGUGGAGCGUGGCCGCCCUCAUCUGGCCCGUGCCCAUCAUCGCGGGGUUCCUGCCCAACGGCAUGGAGCAGCGCCGCGGCACCGCCGCCAGCACCGCCGCCACCGCCAAGUAGCCUCUGCCGGUGACCCCCUGCUCUUCGUCCUGUGCCGUGGAGGGACGCGGGACGGACUCUGUCGUGUUUUUCUUGUUUGCAGCGUGCCACA